CACCCUGCUCCGUCUGCCCUCCCUCCCUCCAGGGGUUCUGGCUCCAGGGUGUGGCUUUCCUCAGCCACCACAGGGACCCUGGCUGUCCCCAGCCUGGUGGUCAUCGGCUGCACCCCUCACCCAGAGGCCAGACACAUUACAGCCUUCCUGGGAGACUGGGAAGUUUUCCAGGGAUGGGCGCCCGUGGCCCCGCCAGUCCGGCGGUCAUAGGUCUCUUGUGAGGGAGGACCUUUCAUUUUCUUUCCGUCAUCUCUACCUGUUUGUCCUUGUACACCUGGGGACAGAAUCGUGUGUCACUUCCGUGCAGGAAGGAGGGCAUCCGAGAGGUGGCGUCAUGGUCCUUUCACUCUUCUGCCAGCCAAACAGCACCUCUGCUCACAGAUUUCACAUGUGACAGGGUGUCUAGAAGCUCUCGUGAAUCAUCUCAGCUUUGCUGAUUUUCUUCUCGGAUAAGAGAGUCCACCUGUGGUCUGACACACCCCGGACACAGUGGACGGUGGUUUCUGAACCCGGGACUGAGUUUCCAGCAGUCUCUCGCACUGUUCACCCGGGCACCCUGAAGGCCGUGUUCUUUGUCUUCGCCUCCCUGUGUGCCUGGUAUUCGGGGUACCUGCUUGCAGAGCUUGUCCCAGACAUGCCCCUGUCCAGCGCCGUCUACAGCAUCCGGAGCAUCGGGGAGAAGCCUGUUCUCAGAGCCCCAGCCCCGAAAAGGCAAAAAUGUGACCACUGGACCCCGUGCCCUCCAAACACCUAUGCCUACCGGUUGCUCAGCGGGGGCGGCCGGGACAAGUUUGCCAAGAUCUGCUUUGAGGACGAGAUGCUCAUCGGAGAGAAGACUGGAAACGUUGCAAGAGGAAUAAAUAUUGCCAUCGUGAACUAUGCGACUGGGAAAGUGAUCGCAACACAGUAUUUUGACAUGUUUGAAGGUGACAACUCUGGCCCCAUGACGGCGUUCAUUCAGAGCGCUCCCUCCAAGUCGCUGCUCUUCAUGGUGACCCACGAUGACGGCAGCAGCAGGCUGAAGGAGGACGCCAAGAAGGCCAUCGAAUCCCUGGGAAGUAAGGAGAUCAGGAACAUGCGAUUCAGGUCGAGCUGGGUGUUCCUGGCAGCAAAAGGCUUCGAACUUCCUGCGGGAAUCGAGAGAGAAAAGAUCAACCACUCCGACAACGCGAAGAACAGGUACUCGGGCUGGCCCGCCGAGAUUCAGGUGGAAGGCUGCAUCCCGAAAGGACCGAGCUGACGUUGCCUGGCCUCAAUAAAUGCUUUUAUAGACACACACAGCCUGGAAUGGACCACGACUCUUAGCCAACCGCCAAUACUGGAUAAGUAUUUGGGGCUUGUCAUCAACCAACCCAAAUAUUUGCCAGUUGUAUAAAAUCCUGUCCCACAGACUUGUUAUGCCAGCAUUUGUAGAGGGAAGGUAAAAAUGAGCAGAAGAACGGAAAUGCACGGGGAUUGUCCGGCGGGGGGCGGGGUGGGGCUGGGUGACUGAGCCUUGGGAGGAGCGACCACUGCCUUCCCCGAUGAGGGGACACUCCCUCCUUCUGGCCGGUGGGACUUGUGACUCACAGGUGAGCAGGGUCUGCUCUCAGGAGGGCCACUCUGUACCCCAGGUGUCCUAGGAAACACAUCAUAUCCACGUACUCAGGGAACCAGUGACGUGCAGUUAAGAAAACCAAGCCAGUGCCCAGCACCACUGGAACCUCCCUCCGGGGUCUGGCCGCCAGGAGAAGUAGGAGACAUUGAUGCCAGGUUCCUAGUGCUUUUCUGAGCCUCGGCUUCUCACCUGUGAAGGAGGGGGACUGAGAUGAAUGCGUGAUUUUCAAGCACUGGGCCAGAGCGAUGGCUUCCUGCUGAUAAAGCAGCAGAUCUUUUAAAAAGCUGGCAGCACAGGGCAUCCUGCCUUUCAGCACCCUUGCGGUGUCGAACCAGCACUGUCUUGGUGGCUACACCACCGAGUGUUAUAUGCGGGCUGCAGGUCGGCUGAGGCUCAGCUCUGUGUGCCUGCAACCAGGCUGGGGGAGGGUCCCUAUCAGGCACCGAAGCCAGCGAGAGCCAAGGUCCGGGUUCCCCCAAAGCUCCUGCGAGGACGUGUGAGCCUUCGUUCUGGCACCACAGGCCAGCUGGAGCGGGGGUGGGGGGUGUCAACCUCAGGCCGUUGGGGGCGACUGUCCUGUAUUUGUGAACAGGAGGACAGUGGCCCCUGGAAGCCAAGCCGUGCUCUGGCCCAGGGAGGGGUGGGCUGUGGCCUCUGGGCAGCAGCCCCUCAGGGAGCCUGGCCUCUCUCUGCAGAGGGUCUGCAGACCACUGGACGGCGUCUUGGCUCAGCCCCUGGUACGGGCUGAAUUCUGUUUCCCCCGAUUCUUCAGUUGAGUCCUGUCGACUACAAAACUACAUGCACAACCUAUAAGGGGAGAAUUAAGUUUUCUUUGGGGCAAAGGGAGGACUUAAGCCUGGGAGGCAGCAUCUCAAGUCACCCUGAGAAGACUGCCCCGAGGAGGCAGCAGGUGGGGGGGGCGGGGGGGGUUUACAGAGGAGUUUUUGCCUCAAAGGGCAGGGAGUGGGAACAAAAGCUAAAUACCUGUUCAUGACUGGAAACCAGGCAUCUCAAGGCAUGUGGUCCUUUUCUCUGUAUGGGAAGGUGCAAGAUCCGGGCUCCCUGAAAUCACUCCUUCGAUGUGUGCCUCAGCUCCCAGGAGCCAGCAUCCUGUGUGUUCCCAUCCUGAGACCCCCCGGGGGCUCACCUGCUCUGAGGUGGCUGCGGGCACUGACGACUGUGACAUCUUUGUUUGCUGAUGUGGCAGGCACGGCUUUAUUUCUCAGUCCUAACCGCCGGCACCUCAGAAUGGGCCCUUCCUGGAAGCAGGCUCAUUGUUGAUGGACUAAGCUAGAGCAGUGACCGGUGUCCUUACAAAAAGGACACGUGGGUGCAGAUGAGCCAGCAGAACCGCUUUCUGGGUUCCGGCGGAGAGGGUGAAGGCGUCUCGGAAAAGGCAGCAGAGUGGAGACGGUACAGAGAUGAGGGCAGCGGCAGGCGCAAAGAGGAGUCUGAGGGCAGCGAGCUAGGGGCGGGUCCUGUGGCCCAGGAGGUGGAUGUCGUUACACACUUGUCCAACCCCAUGGAGUGAACAAGACCAAAAGUGCCCUGAUGUCAGCGGUGGGCUCUGCGUGGUGAUAGCGUGGCAGCGUGGGUUGGGGAGUGUGACAGGUGGAGCCCUCUGGGGCUGGGGGUGGGUGGGUGACUGUGGGGAGGCUGGGCAUGGAUGGGGCAGGGACUCUGCGGGAACCCUCUGUACCUUCCUCUCAAUUUUGCUGUGAACCUGAAAGUGCUCUGAAAAAUAAAGUAUAUUACCAAAAAAAAAGAAAGAAAAAACAAAA